AUGAAAAAUAAAGAAGAGCUAGACAAGGCGAUGAAUUCAGGACAGGCAGAACAAGUAGCGCAGUCCGUGCCAAGCCCGUCCACCGAGCCUAUCUCUCCUCGCGACAUCAAACUUGUGCGCCAUACGCGAAGAUGCAACGGGCGCGAGGUCUGCUCGUGUAUGUUGCGUGUGGAAAGCGCGUAUUUUCAGAGAAAUCUAGUCGGAAAAGCUGCCGCUAAGAAACGUUUAAGGGAUGCAGCUGUCGUGCCAGUAGCUGUGAAGAGCAGAAAAAAAGGUUAUCGAAAAGUCACUCACAUUCAGCAGCUUAAUUAUGAGCUAAAGCUGCAUAUCGCGAUGUUCCUGUCGCCAGUAGGGCUUAGUAGACUCGGUCAGACAAACAGUUCAUUGAAGCGUGACGUAAAUUUUAUGGCCAAGCAGGUCGUGGGGAAGUUUCUUGCUCAGGCGACACCAUAUAACUUACUGAAGCAGAUUGAACCAAAAGCAAUGGAGUCUUGGUCGCAAUUGAUGCACAAUCAAAUGAGAUGCGUACACAAGAUGUUUGUCUACUACACGGGUUACAAAACCGGUCUAAUGAGGCAGCAAUUUCCGCAAUGGGCUUUCGGUGUUGUUGAUGUAGAUCCAAACGAGCCACACAGAACUAUUUUGCCAAACACGUGGACGUUUUUCGGACACAGCCCGUGGAUUCGACGACGCGGCAACGGAAAAGAUGGAGAAUGGAACCUCACCAAGAAAUAUGCAACGAAGAAAGUACCAACUGACUUCGUGGCGAAUGUGAAAGCGUGGGCAAGCUCGUUGCGGCCAGGAUCCAUGCUUACGACCGCAUAUCAGAAUGCAGGCUCAACGGAACCAGCGUGGUGGGAGGCACAAGCUUGGUAUAUCUGGCGUGGCGAUGGCAAGCAGUGCCCUGCAAAUGUGUACGACCCCGAGACAAAUACUUGCGUACGAGUUCAUCCAGAUGAUUUACUUGAUCACUUUCGGACCCACCCUAUGCACGUAGUUGACGUGUCAACCAAGCCUGGAUCCCUAUGCCAACGAUGCGCAAAUCAGAAAAGAACAUUCAAGCUCUAG